UAUCGAACCCGAUUUCUCGACUUUGCUGCCAGAACUCCUCACCCCAAGGUAUCCAUUUGACAAUCCUCGUAAGAGGGCGCUCAUUAGCCAUGGCACCUAGCAUGUCCCUCCACAGCGUCGUCGCCAUCCUCAUACUCUCCACCGACUCGUCUCCCGAUUCCUUCAGACUGUUUGCCAAAUACUACUAUCCUCCCCAUGCUUCAGCUGCACCACAACACCCUCCGCAAUCACAACCGUACCCACACCUGAAAGAACAGAAAGCUUUUGAAAAGGGACUACUUGAGAAGACAUCAAAGCAAACCUCCGAUGUGAUUCUUUACGACAACAAAGUCGUGGUGUUCAAGAUGGAGAGCGAUGUCAUGCUCUACGUGGUAGGCGCCGCAGAGGAGAAUGAGAUUCUGUUGUAUAAUGUUGUAUUGGCAUUGAGGGACACGUUGAGCAUAUUAUUAAAGAACUCGACAGACAAGCGCACAAUCAUGGAGAACUAUGAUCUGGUAACUUUGGCUAUUGACGAAAUUGUCGACGAUGGCAUAGUAUUGGAGACGGACCCAGUGAUGGUGGCAUCCAGAGUGUCGAAAGCUCCUGCACAGGAUGCACCGAACAUGAAGAACAUCGAUCUAAGCGAACAAGGGAUACAGAAUCUCUGGGAAUUCGGCAAGAAGCAGGGAAUGGAGUUCGUACGAAGAAACUUGUGAUUUCCAUGAACGGCGGGAAGGGAGGUGAUCGGCCAAAGUCAUGGACAUGGCCUGGACUUGAGAAAUACAACGAGGUUGUUAUCGCACGGCGUUAUGAGGCGGAGAGGGGGACAAUGAGCAUUAUGACCAUAAAAGUCAAAGACCUGAGGCCUGGUGGUCCUUUGGAAGACUCGGGGGAGGGGGGCAAUAACAGCCUUAUUGGGGGCGCAGCCUUGCCGCAAUGAAUUACCGACGCAAAUCGACGUCAUUUGGACGCUGAAAUAUUUCCCAUCGAAAAGAGUCACCCUCUCCAAUUCCUCAUGCUAAGUUGCGCCCUCUG